AUGGCAAAAGAAAGAAGUCCAAUUAAGGUUCCAUCUGAAAAUGAAGACUUACCUAACACAGAGAAUGCUCCAGGUUUUGAUGACAACACUUUACAAGGUGAGCUUGGUUCAACUUUGGCUUCAGUCACUGUUAAAAUGUUUUCUAUUCCACCAGUUUCAAGAAUGUAAGCAGAUGUGGAGAAUUAUGUUAAUACACUGUAUGACCACUUUAAAGGAUAUUUGGCCAGUCAUGACUCUCUUCUAUGAUUACAAUAUGCUGUUCAUUGACUGAGAGGAUCUAUGACAUAUUUGUUAUUUUCUUUUCUCAAAUUUCAAAGCAAGUACACAAAGUUAUAAGAAGUAAAGACUUUAUUUGAUCAUCGUAUAACAUUCAUUUCGUAAGUUUGCAUCAUAAGUACCAUCAUCAUCAUCACCAUCUUUCCAUUAUAUUAUGCAACAUUAAAUUGAAAGUUUCAACUUCCCCCAAGCAACCAAUUUCCAGUAGAGUGCAAGUGUUUUAUCAUUGAAUAUGGAGGUGUUUAACCCUUGACACCCUAACAUCAGUAUCCAUAUUCUCCAUACUAUUCUUUGUAUGUUUCUUGUGGUACUGAAAAAGAGAAUUCAUUUGAAGAUCAAUACUUCUUAGGUUGGUGAUCAUUUCCUUUAUUCUCAUGAGCUUAGUGAAUGAUUCAGCAGUAUUACUGUAAGGAGAAAUGAGAUGCUGGUCACUCUUAGGGUUUUUUUUUGCAGCCGCAGCUGAUGUUUAUAGGAACGAGGGUAAUGAGGCCUUCAAGAAAGGAGAUUUCAUCAAUGCUAUUCAUUUUUACACCAAAGGAAUUAAAAUGAACUGCAACGAGAAAGAACUGAAGGCCAAACUGCACAACAACAGGGCUAUUGCACAUUCUAAACUUGGUAAGAUGAUGAGAGCUUUAAUAUGCAUUUUUUUUCUGUUUUGAAGCUAUUGAGUUGUCAGUGGUAGUUUUCUGAAAACGGUGAUAAUUUUGAAUGCAUGCCCGCAAAAAAUUUACAUCUUAUCUUGGCCUCUCAAAUAUACAAAGAAGUAACCUCUUACCCCAGAUAUCAAUGAGCAUCACAAGUUUUUCCCAAAAUUAUAGUAAUGGUAGUUGGUUUGCAACAUGUAUGGCUAAUCAGAGGUAUUUAUUUCAAUAACAGGAAAUCACCAGGAUUCACUAAGGGAUGCAGAAGCAGCCAUUGAGAUAAAUCCAACUUUCCUUAAGGCAAUUGUGAGAGGUUAGAUAUGUUAGCUGUGCAAUAAUAAUAAUAAUAAUAAUAAUAAUAAUAAUAAAAGAACCCAACACUCUAAGGUUAAAUGAGGUUAAAUGGAGUUCAGUCUUGUCUCAAUUGACUUUAAUUAAGAGGUCGAGACCACCCUGAUGUAGAUUUGAAUCGAGCUCUUGACUGCUACGCCAUUACUUUCCAUUAAUCAUGACGAGAAGAUUAUUUUGAACGGGAUGAAGAACUCAAUGCGGAAUGGAAAGCAAAAUUUCAGCAUAAAUAUUUUAGUUCCUUAAGUUCAAUGAGUCACAGGUGUCAGAUAUGUUAAGAGCGUGUCCACAAGAGCACCGGGCAGUCGUGCUACAUGCCAUCUCACCGAUUUCAAUGAAACUUUACCAGUUUAAAGGGUCUACUCCAAAACUCAAAAAGACAGACUGGUUUCUGUUUUGGUUUUUUCCGGCGGGAGAUAGACCACCCCCCGGUUUUUCUUGGUUUUCACCAAGGAAAUCGCUUCAAAUAGGUAAAAUGUAUGAAGCUCUCACUGCGAUGGUAUUUAAUCGAUUACUUUGAGGAUUUGCACACAUAUUUUUACAUCCUUGGUUAAUGUCUGUUGCGAGUAUCAGUCAGUUUGAGAGAGGCUUGUCAAUCAACAGAGGCAAAUAUACGACUGUGUUUUUAGACUUUUCGAUUCAUCCAAAUAUUUGACAACUUUGAGGUCAAAUAUCUCCCGUUUCCAGAAAGCUGCAACACUUAUCUUAAUUAACCUUUAUAAACCAUCGUUUCAUCUCUAAAAUCAUCAAAAAAAUUUGGGUACUACCGUAUUUUUUGUCUUGGAUGCCUUUUAAAAUCUGCGACUGUUACAAGUUUCUCUCAACUACACCUGUCACGCAAUUCUUGCUCUUGGCGGUCACUUGACAAAAUAAACCUACAUUGUUUUCGCUCUUUAUACAAGAUGAUUGAUCAAGAAAGGUGAAAAGUGUGAAAAACUUUCGAGAUUUUUUUGUAGGAAUGGAAAAUUUCACGUUUAGAGAGAUGCAUGUAGACGAAAAAUCAAUGGGAAAAUCGUAGCGUUUCUUUCUUCAGUCGUUUAUUACUUUGAAGAUUGCUAAAAACAUCAGAUAUGGCUUUUGUACGGCACAAAACAUUCAUUAGUCUAUAAUUUGAUGGUUUAUCAUCAUCAUUGCUCAUUUUAGGAGAUUUUAAAGUCACAUGCUGCGUGUUGGUUUAUAUUACUACAUGUUCCAGUAUGCUACAACUUCGGCUUUUAAAGACGAGAAAUUCUGCGCUCUCGCUUGAGAGCAAAUAUCAAUAGUUCUAUCGGAUUAAAAACUGUGCUUCUAUCCUGAAAAUGAAAUUAAAAUAAAGUAGUCGUUGUCACUUACCGCCAUCGAACAUUUCCAUGCAGAACUCCGCUAAGCUAACAUCUGUUGUGUGACCCGAAGACUCUCCGUAGGAAUUAUUCAAGCGCGUUGUUUAUGCUGUCUGCUAGAUAACAAUUUCAGAAUAAUCUGCAGAUCUCUAUGAUUAUUUGCCUGCUUCGAUAGUAAAAUAUCUGCAUAUUUUUUUCAAGCAUUCUAUUACUACAUAUAAAUCUACAUCUCUCUAGAUCGAGUGUUGCCGGCGUUUAAUUGUAAAAUUUUUAAGUAAGAAUGAGCCAGCAGUAAUUUGACGAGUUGGCUUCCUGCAAAUUUCCCUUGAUGAAAUCCCAAGACAUAGCCAGUUGUUUUCGUGAGCAAAAACGAUAAAUAUGAAAGAAAAGUGAGAUGCAAAUGCCUGCAGUCUUCGUCUAAAUUUUGCAAGGUCCCUCCUUAUCUUCUGCCUUGUUCGGUCACUUUCGAAUUCUGAAGCUAGAUCAUUGGCAUCGGCCUCUCCGUCCUCAUUCAUAUUUACACAGGGGGACCUCAUCAAUAAAACAAUUUUUGUUACGGCAGAUAAGCGGCUGAAGUAUCGAGCGAUUUGCUGCUGUAUCAACCGGUAAGUCGUCUCUUAAACUCGAUAUUUGGGAAGUCACAUUAGAGGCGGUUGCCUUACUAGUUUCCUCCCUUGUCCAGCACACGUCUAGGAGAUAAUUCUCUGUUUUCUGAGAAAAGGUGGCUGUUUUUUGUGUUUUCCAAAGAGUCCAUCCAAAGUCCACUUUGCUGGUUAGGGAUUGUUCGUCAGAAUUUUACCUGAGGUCCGACCUUGAACGUAGCCAUCCCCUAUAGAAUGGCAAGCCGGUCUUAGUCCAUUCCCUCUUGAUCUUAUCGUAGGCGGAAUUUUUUUGUCGGCCUCACUGUGUUUGUCUUUGUCAGGGUACAUUUGGAUGGCAGCCAAUGACUGAAACGUCUUGAUACAUCCUUCUUUUAGCAAGAAUAUCUCGCUUUCUUGUUUUGUCUAUGACGGAUUGGGUAUAGUUCUCACGAUGACCCGCGUUCAGAAAUCUGUGCACGUUGCUGAUAACCACCCGCUUCUACGAUUAGUUUGCUGAAGGUUUCUAAUGUGACGAGCCUAAUGAGACCCUGAGGUGCUUCAAACUGUGCCAGUUGGUCUGCGCUAUAAACUUGUCGCAGUUCUUAAGUGAGAGGGAGGAUCGCCCACCUCUAUCUAUGUGAGCGCCUCUACAGUACCUGUGUAUCCCUAGCAAUCAUAUGAUAUAAAGUUCAUCUCAGUCACAAAUCACCAGUUAGGAAAACUGAUGUUCAGAUAAGCGCUCUUCUUGCCUUUCUUCCUUAUUCAUUACCGACUCUAAGAUAGCAGCUACAGUACGCGUUCUAUUUAGGUUUACAGUCACCUUGCCGCCACCAGGAAGACUCGCCACCAGCUUUGAUUUCUUCUGCCAUCUGCAGAUUCAUCUCUCUCUCACUUUAUGUCACCGAUUUUUAUGAGGAGGAUACUGGCAUUUACGAACCCGAGGGUCUGAAUCUCACACCAAGUUGUGCACGAUAUUUGAGGUACAUCGUGAAAUCGCGGCCUCCGUAAUCUCCAAAUAAGCCAAUACGCGCUGGAAUAAGCUCCAUCUCGGAAGAAACGCAUGUUUGGGAUACAUCGACGUCUCUCGAAUGUUUUUUUAAAGCUGUAUACCCACGAAUUUAGAGGUGUGAGCUGUUUCCGUCCCUGGCCAGCGCGAGAAAAAUAACAUUUGGUUGUACAGUUAGUUGCAAACGAAAAAGAAAACUGCACCAUCUUGACUUUAUCAAUUCGAGUGUUAGAUUAAAUUGAGGACUUUUUAGACACUCGAUUUCUUAUAUGGCAUCACUAUGAAGACGUAAUACAACUGAUACACGUACACUACAUAGGAUUAACAAUGUCUGUUGCGCUGUUACGAGAAGGAGGAAAAUAUUACCGGAAGUGUAAACUCUUUUUAAAAAGAGUUUCAGAGACGUUUCAGAGAUGUCUAUCUUUGAUCGGCUGUCACAAAAAAAUGACCCCCACUUACCAAGAAAAACCGGGGGGGAGGGGGUGGUCUAUCUCCCUCCAGAAAAACUAAAACAGAAACCAGUCUUUUUUUUCAGUUUAGGGGUAGACCCUUUAAAUUGGCAAAGUUUCACUGAAAUCGGUGGGAUAGCACGUACCACGACUGCUGGUGUUCUCGUGGACACGCUCUUAAGUCACUAUCUGGCUGUUUUAAAAAGAAGCAUCAGGACUUAACUAACUCUUAGUGUUUUUGUGGGAGUUGUUGAUCCCAAUUUAAAUGUUCUUGGAAGUUUUAGUUGUCUGUAAAGCUAAAUAAAUCUAACUGAAACCUAAUAAGGCCUGUUUAUUCUUUUCCGUUUAGUUUUUUUGUUUUGUUUUGUUUUGUCUUUUUUUCUUCUUGUCUGUAAUGAUCUCAAUGGUUUCAGGUUCUUUUCUCAGAAUUUAGCUACAGUAACAGUAUGCUUCUUUCUGUUGUUACCUACAGGAGCCACUGCUUGUGUUGAAUUGAAGAGAUUUGAAGAAGCAAUCAGUUGGUGUGAUAAGGGACUAGCUGUAUCCUUUGAAGGAAUCUUUCAUUUUUAA